AUGGCAGUUGAUGAAGUAUUAGAAAAGGUUUUAGCUGGGAAGACAGAAAACCUACCACCUCAAAGAUCGCAGAUUGUUCGAAUAUUUACUAGUUCUACCUUUACAGAUACUGCAAAUGAAAGAAACACCCUUAUGAGAGAUGUCUAUCCGAAACUCAAAAAUUAUUGUCGUAGUCGUUAUGGAUUAGAAUUUCAAGUUGUUGAUAUGCGAUGGGGUGUUCGAGAUGAAGCAACGGAUGAUCAUAUGACAAGUGCCUUGUGUAUGGCAGAAAUUAAAGCGUGUCAGCGGCUAUCAAUUGGGCCUAAUUUUGUGACAUUCUUGGGCCAGAAAUAUGGCUAUCGUCCUUUUCCUCCUAAAAUCCUUGCUACUGUCUAUGAUAAAAUAAUUCAAUUGCUGACAGACCACGGAAAGUCAACUGAGACAUUUAAGACAUGGUUUAAAUUAGAUGAAAAUGCCAGUCCAGCCCUGUAUAAUUUACAGCCUAUAUCUUCAAUCUUGAAGUAUUAUAUCGAUCCUUCAGAGCCGGAAUUGCAUAAGGAAGAUAAAGCGAAAUGGUGGGAUGCUUUUAAUGAAAUGCAACAAUCAUUUCGCUAUGCUGCUAAAAGGCUAUUGGAGAAGCAAGGGCUAGAGCGCGAAGAAGCAAUGAGAUUUUUAAUUUCAGUAACCCACGAGGAAGUUAUUAAUGGUAUUCUUAACACAAAUAAAGAUAUUGAGCCGCACUGUAUUGGAUUUGUUCGAAAAAUUUCCAAUCUUCAAUCUGAUCUAUCUAACAAAAAUGCUCCAUCUUUUAUUGAUGUUGAAUGGGGAAAAUCAGAAGUUGAUAGCGAAGCUCAGGAUUUACUAGCUGAUUUGCGAGAUAUUAAGCUACACGAAAAAUUGCCCGCAUCACGCUUAUUUGAAUCCACAAUCGAUUGGACAGAUAAUGGUAUCGAUCCUGAAAACGUUAAAGCUCAUAGUCGCUAUAUUGAAGAAUUUUGUGGCAAAUUUUAUAACACCAUGGUAUCCAUGAUUGAUGAUGGGGUAGCAAAAUCAAAUCAGUUAACUUCCACCGAUGAUCUUUAUCAAGAAGUUUUAAGUCAUUUACAUUUUUGUGUAAAGCAGUGCAAAUCAUUUCAUGGACGCCGAAACAUUCUCCAGCCUAUUGAAGAUUAUAUACAGCAUAGCUGCCAAAACUCUAAUGAUAUUCAAGAGCAACUUCCUCUCAUCAUCCACGGAGUAUCAGGUAGUGGCAAAACAUCAGUGAUGGCUAAAUGUACUCAGUGGACAGGCCAAUCAUAUCCCCAUUGUAAAAUCAUUGCUCGCUUUCUUGGUACUACGCCUAAUAGUUCAUCUAUUUCCAAAACUAUCUUCUCCGUUUGCCAACAAAUAUGUCGAAUAUAUGAUAAAGAUGAAACACAAAUUCCCGAUGGAUACUCUCAAUUAGUUGCUUAUUUCGCCAUGCAGAUACAGAAUAUCCCAGCUAACAAACCACUCGUAAUCAUAUUGGAUUCUUUGGAUCAAUUAUUGCCUGUUGAUGGAGCUCAUCGUAUGCAAUGGAUACCGAAUCGAUUACCAUCUCAU